AAAGUCCAAGAGUAGCAACACCGUUUCAAUCGUAAAACUAGUCCGCUUCACGUCACCACGCAUUCACAUCUUGGAUAUAUAUUGGCCAUAUCUGGCCAUCCAGAACACACUGCCGGCCAGGCAAAAGAACUGUUAACAACUGUAUGCCUUCCAGUACUCAGAGCUUCAAGGAAAUCAGCUUGGAAACCACGGAGGCUCCUGCUCUGGAGGAGGCUAUCCAACGUGAAAUUCCCUCUCUUGAGCACAAAGGACUUCAAGCAACUCAGAUUCCAGCACAAGGUAGGGUGAGCCAGGCUCAUACCAGCAUCCUGCAGACUCAUUUUCUUUCUCUUUCUGUCCCCAUCCCAGCAAUAGGUCCUGGCUAUUGACCUAGGAUGAAUAGGAGUUGGUGAUACAUCCCAUUGUCUCAUGUAAACCCUGGAGAGUUUCUAUCCCUCCCAGACUCUUUGGCUCUGGCAUCUCCACAGCCUUGUCUCCAAAACCACCAGCUGCUGAGGGCCUGGAUGCUGCAGGAGUUUGGCGAGAGCAAAUGCUUUCAUUUUUGUAGGAUGGGAAGAGGAACCAGAGGUCAGAAAGGAGGUGAGAAGUUAUUUGGAGAAAUGUCUGCAAACUCCCCAAUGUGGGUUGAAGAUGUGGCUCCACGGACAAUCACAGAGCCAUCUGGUCAACUCGAGUAUCCAGUGGACAUUCUCCAGGGCAGGCAGCAUGCCAAGCCAGGACCUUUGAGAGACUCCAAGAAGCAAUGUCAUCUGGGAAACAAAGCUAGUGCUUGCAAAAUGAGCAUCAGCCUUGAUCAGGAGACUGACUAUGCAGAACUGGUUCUCUCUGUAGGAGAAAUCACACUUGGAGAAAUGAAUAGGAAGUUAAUGAAAGAUACUCAACUAAGAAAGAGACAAGCUCAAAUGAUCUCACAGGCUGUGUGUACUCUACUGAAUUCUGGAGGGGGCGUGGUCAAGGCUCACAUUAAGAAUUCCAAUUACACCUUCACCAGAGAUGGAAUAGGACUGGAAAGUUCUUUUUGUGACAUUCUCCCACUUCUUCCAAAAUACCUAGACUAUAUGCAGAUCAAAGACUACUUUUUAAUUUUUGUGAAACCAUGGAUCCCAGAUAUCUCUGGUCAGCGUGUCCACACCUUGAAAACCAACCUCUACACGAGAAGUUUUUCAUCAUCACAUGAGCUGAAAGGUCCUGAAGCAGUCAAGUUCCUGAAAGGAAUGAAGUAUUCUAAAGGGAGAUCAUGUUCAAGACAAAGUUUGCCUGAAUUAUGUGACUCUGAUGAAUUACAACCAGAAAGUCCUGUCAUGUUUUUUAACAUGGAAAAGUUCACCUACAAGGAGACAUUCUGUUUCACUAAAUCCAAGCAUGCUGAAGUUAAAAUGUCCCCUAAAAAAAAGAUUUUAGAGAUCCUCCCUCAAACUGUUUCUGCUUUUGCAAACACUGACGGGGGAUAUUUGUUCAUUGGUUUAGAUGGGAAAAAACAACAAAUAAUAGGUUUUGAAGCAGAUCAGAGCGAUCUUGUACAGCUAGAGAGCGAAAUAGAGGAGUGCAUCCGACAGCUGCCUGUCACUCACUUCUGUGCGGAGCAGGAGAAGAUCAAGUACACGUGCAAAUUCAUCCAAGUCCACAGACAGGAAGCUGUGUGUUCUUACGUCUGUGCGCUCAGAGUGGAGAGAUUCUGCUGUGCUGUGUUCGCUGCAGAGCCUGAUUCCUGGCACGUGGAAGGCAGCCUCGUGAAGAGGUUUACUAUGGAGGAAUGGGUCAGGCUCCAGAUGGACACCACACCAGGAUUUUCGAAGGAAAAAGAGAAACGGACCCUUCAAUUAAACAUCCCAUCACUCAGUCCCUGUAGCUGGUUUCCUCAUGAUGUUCCAGAAGCUCAGCAGCAGAGAGCUCACCUUCCAGUGGUGUUUAGAAAGGUGACAUGCUCUCCAGAAGCCCUCUGCAUGGAACAGUUCUCGGAAUAUGAGAGAUAUGAGCAGUUACUUUGGACAGAGCUGGGCUCACUUCGUCAAGGAAUGCUGGUCAUCCCUGAGAACUGGACCUUGAAUCCUGGCUUGCAGGAGAAGCAGGAAGUCAUCUUGGAUGUGCUUCAUAUUUCCCAGGACAGACUCCUGACCCUGCACAGCUUUCUCCUGGCAGAUGGAGAGCUGGAAGACGACAGCACUGUUCUGAGGGAACUUGGUGCUGAGUUAAAGAAGUAUUGUAAUCAAACUGCACUAACUUUAAAGCAGAUGCUGGUAAAUUAUGGUGGUUACACAGGGAAAAUAGGUGUUGUGAUAAAGAUAACCUACUUGGGUCAUAGGGCAGUAUGUCUAUAUGAUUCAAGCUCGAUAAUAAGUUACCCCAGAGACUAUUAUCUGACAAGCAAGACAGUAAGGGACUUAGAGAAGCCUCUUGCUGAUGUCUUAGGGACCGUGUUUGGACAUAAAACUAUAGUGAUCAGUUUACCUCUGAAAUUUUAAUUUUACAGAAUUAGAUACCUUAAUUUUUGAGGAAUGUCCUAGAUCAUGUUUGAGACUUCUUCACAUGGUAAAUGAUAUGAUGCAAAUAUAUUUCAUGUUCUGUAGACAGUAACGUUCUCUCAUUCCAUAAUAUAUGAAAAAUGUAUCUUUGCAUAACUUCACAAGAAUAGAAACGAAAUUUUGAGAAAGGGAUUGCUCGUUAAAGAAAGCAAUGAUGAAAGAGUGCUUUCAAAAUGUGUCCCUGAGCCGGGGAUGUGUCACAUGCCUUUAAUUCGUAGCUUGGAGGAAGGCUGGUUAUCUCAAUCUACGUAGACAGUUCCUAACCAGCCAGGCUGUGAAAAGAGACCAUGCCUCAAAAUAAAUACAGGAGUAAAUAAUAAAAAAGCAUAAACUUUUCCUAGUCUGCAUAGUAGCCAUCCUUCUGGUGGAGGAAAAUCAUGGUGAUUUUAAUCAUGGAAGACACUCUUCCUAGGGAAGUUAGUAAAGAAAAUGAUAAAGAACGCUCUAUAGGUAACAUUUUGUCACAGCAUUGCUGUUCAACUGCCUGUUAUUGCUGUUACAGCUGUGAUUUGUAUGUGACAAGCCCAGGAAGGACUUUCCACUUGUCCAAAAUCACAGAGGCAAGGCCCAGGGUAGGUGGAAAGUAAAUGCAGACUGCUCUCAGCAGCAUACAGUAAAUACGGGAGGUUUCCAAAAGGUCAAAGACACAAAGAAACGGAAUACAAUUGUUUAUUCUAUUAUGAAGAAAAACAAUGUAUCUGUGGCUGUAAGACUUCAAAGGGUCAACUUGCCAAGCCAGUGCUCUCUCUAUGGGGCUACAGUGUAUGCUCCAGUUCCCGUUUGUAACAUUGUUCCCUUUUGGAGUCUUGAUAUUAUAGUUUUAAGUGUUCGAUAUUGCUCAUUUAUGGUUCGAUAUGUGUAUGUUUUAUAUUCGAAUUGGAGUAUUGUUUGAGCUGUAGAUUCAUACUUGUAAAAGGUAUUUACAGCAUUGAGUUUAUAUGCGAAUAUUGUGAAUCAAUUUGAAAUGUUGGUGAUGCCUUCAUAAAGGAAGCCAUGUCUGCGUUGGAUAUCUUCUUUUGUGAAGGAUAAAAUUUCUCAACAUUUGAACCCUAAGGUUGAUGCUAUAUGCAGUGAUACCUGUUGUAACUUUUGAUGGAGCUCAUCAAAAGGCAGGUUGACCGUCAUGAAAACUCCUAUGUCAGGGGCUAUGUACUGGGGUCUCGUAUAUGCCAGUCAUCCUAAGUCAUGUUUUCUGCUUUCAACUAUUUUUUAACCAAUACAAUUUAUUUUUAAAAUCAACCUCAUUUCUCAUCUACUUUUUCUUAGAUGUGGAUCUUUCUGAAUACAGUUCUUUUCUCACAUCUUUCUUUGAUGAAGUUUUGUUGUACUAUAUGUGAAUUUAUACUUACCAAACUUUGGAUGCCAACAAAAUGUUCUGCCAGUUUUUCAUGUUUCUAAAAUAAAUGAUCAUUUCAAACCAUCA